GCAGCCUUCUCCGCGACAUCAUCACCACAAUUCCAUCCUCGCAAAGUCCCCAACAAUUCCUGCGAUAGUGAAGAGACUCUGCCACCAAAUGGCGUGAGCCGAUGGAUCAACGAAUGAGCGAAAAUAGCGAAAGAAAGACAGUCGCAACUUCCAGAAUUACGAGGGCAUCCGCUAGACAAGCUGCCAGCUCCUCAGAGUCGUCUGGUGCCUCUGUGGGGACUACUGCAACUGCUUCGUCGACUCGGGCGCCAGCACCUUCGAGAAAACGCAAAGCUCCGGCCCGUGAGCCAAGUCCAGCCCCAGAAACCGAACCGGCGAAGUCCUCAUCUUAUCGACGUCCCAAACGCCAGAAGAUCGCAGAGCCUGAACCUCCCCAACCGUCCACUGCACCUGCUGCUGUAGCGCCGUCCCGUCGAAGAAAGGGAAAGAAUCCUGCGGUUAUGUCUAGUCCUGGUGAUUCUGCUGGUCCUUCUAACGAUCCACCGAUUACAACCAGCUCGUCAAAGCGAAAGUCCUCGAGAAACAAGAAAGCUGGCCAAGAACAAGCCGUGAAUACACCCAGCAUUGGUCGUCGAUCCAAGAAGACAAGCGGUGGCCAUAAGGAUGCGGAUAAUUCUCUAGAUACCAUCUCUGACGACAAGCCCCCACCUCCUGCGGAUGAUGACGACGGUAGCGAUGACAAUGACGACGACGAGAUGGCCCGAAACUAUGAAGGCCGAGAUGAAGAAGACGACGAUCCUUUUGGAGGUUUUGGUGGACCUGGAGGGCCACCGCAAGGCCUCUCGAGCACAUUGCGAGCAUUGAGCGGCAUGAUGUCAGGGGUUUCUACCAGACUACGAGAUAUCUUGAACAACUUGAAGCAGAAGGAUGACCCCUCUAUUCAAUUCAUUGCUCUCCAGGAGCUGUCCGAAAUCCUGCUUGUGUCUACGGAGGACAACCUAUCUGGCCAUUUCUCUCCGGAUGCUUUCGUCAAGGAGCUUGUUGUCUUGAUGCAGCCUUCGGAGUUUGGGGAGGAAAACCCAGAUAUGAUGUUACUUGCCUGUCGUUGCCUUGCAAAUCUCAUGGAAGCGUUACCUGCAAGCACUGCAAAUGUGGUCUACGGAGGUGCUGUUCCUAUUCUCUGUGCAAAGCUCUUAGAGAUCCACUUCAUAGAUCUGGCAGAGCAAGCUCUUAGCACACUUGAAAAAAUCUCGGUGGAGUAUCCAGCCUCAAUUGUUCGUGAGGGUGGAUUAUCUGCUUGUCUGACCUACCUUGAUUUUUUCGCCACAAGUACCCAGAGAACAGCGGUUACUACGGCUGCCAAUUGCUGUCGAAACAUUCCAGAAGAUUCAUUCCCAACUAUUCAAGGUCUCAUGCCGUUGCUGCUCAAUGUUCUCAGCUCAAACGACCAGAAGGUUGUUGAACAGGGCUCCCUGUGUGUGUCUCGCAUUGUAGAAAGCUUCAGAUAUCACCCCAGCAAACUUGAAGAACUUGUCAGCACCGACCUUUUGAAAGCAAUUCUUCGCCUCUUGCUUCCGGGUACCACCAACCUAAUUGGUCCGAAUAUCCACACACAAUUCUUACGAGUACUCGCUUUUACGGCCAAGGCUAGCGCAAAUCUGUCUGCAGAGCUGUUCAAGAUGAACGUUGUGGAGACUUUAUACCAGAUCUUGACAGGCGUUUCACCACCUGGUCCCGCCGAAGAUAUCGCGUCAAAGCUGGACAGCGUUGUUAUCAUGCAAGCUUUGAUUCAUAGGCCUCGAGAGCAAGUCAUUGAGACUUUGAAUGUCAUUUGCGAGCUUCUUCCAGGGCUACCCAGAGAAUCUGACCUUACACUCGAUGAGAUAUUCGACCUCGAUGCCGCAUCUGCACCACCUCCUGGCUCCGCGUCGAGCUCAAGAAAGAAGUCGUCGAAUGAAAAGCGUCUCGAACUCCUCGAGGGAUGCAAAGACGAAGUCAAGCGAUUUGCCAUUAUCCUAUUCCCAACAUUGACAGAUGCAUUUUCAAGUACGGUCAAUCUAAGCGUCCGCCAAAAGGUUCUGACAGCGCAACUGAAGAUGUUAUCAAACCUCGACAAGGACAUUUUGCUAGAAGCUUUACGUGCUGUGCCAUAUGCUUCUUUUUUGGCAGCCAUCUUGUCCCAACAGGACCACCCUAGCCUGGUUAACUAUGCUCUCCAGGCCGCGGAGUUACUUCUGGCUCGCCUCGAUGAUAUUUAUCGAUACCAAUUCUACCGGGAGGGAGUUAUUGCCGAGAUUGCAAAACUUGCUACUGUAGCCCAAGCGGAGAAGACCAGCACAGCCGAUGCUUCAGAAAUAGAGCUGAUGUCAAAUGAUUCGAAUGGAACGCGGAAGAUUACAGAGAAGUCUGACCGUGAAGCUGAAGCCGGCGAUGACGAGGACGAUUCUUCAGAUGACGAAAAUGACGAGGACAAUGAAAAUGACGAUAUCCCCGACGACAUCAGUCCUUCUCCUGCAAGCUCUCGUGGAUCAACUAUGUCCUUGGAUGGCCCCCCUCACCGCAUCCCAUCGGAUUCUGUCAGCAUGCAACAGCUCAUUAGCCAGCGAGCGAAGAAGUUCUUGGACAUUCACGAGAAUGAAAAUAAUAGCAAGAAUAUGAAGAAGAAAGCAAUGAAGAUCCUCACGAGCCUGCAGAUUCUUGCUUCGAACAUUGAAUCCCACUAUCUUCACCAAGGUCCUGGCAAUGGAAUCCAGCUGUUUACUACUCUCGCUUCAUACUUUGAUGGGGAUGUAUUGGAGAGUGUUACCAGCUACGAAUUAUUAAACUCUGAAGUCGUUCGAGUCUUAUUGGAGGUUUUCAACAAUCCCGAUGAGCGGCUGAGCAAUGACGCUCGUUCUGCGUUCUUGGAGGUUUUUAUGGGCCGAACAGUUACGAAGAAGCCAAAGGCCACAAGCGCAGAGUCCCCAGCAACCCCUUUUGGCAUUCUGAUCCACAAAUUGCAAGAUCUUUUGAGUCGUUCUGAGCACUUCGAGGUUGUAACUGUUCAUCAAAAUACAUUUGAUGGAAACAGAAGCAGCGCUGCUUCUAUGCUUGCGAAGCAGAUUAGACUCAAGUUAGUCGCAGACGAUGAUUCGGAGAUUCCAAGACCUUAUCGAAACAUAAUGGUCUCCAUCCAUGCUAUUGCCACUUUCAAGGCUCUCGACGAUUACUUGCGGCCAAGAAUCAGCUUGUCCGAGCGACCGCGAGGUUCACGGAAUCGGGAAGGCCUUUCGGGUGCUUUAGCUGCCCUUGCGGCUGCUGGGAUGCCGAACCCAUACGCUGGCGUCCCAAAUGCACAAGCUCGCCUUGUUGAACGUGGCUUGGCUUCAGCCGCCGCAGCAACCCCCUCUGCGCCAACUCCGAGCACCUCCCGAAGCUCCCGCAAGGCGAAAGCUAAGACUGCUCCAACUACGACUCCUGCAUCAGGCGGUCCGUCAGCUGCUGCAACGCCACAUGAAAAGUCUACUACGAGACGAUCAAGCCGACGACAGCAGGCGCAAAGUGAACCAGCUGCACUUCCUCCCCCUCUACAAGACGAGGACAGCCUAGCUUCUGCUUUAGAAUGUGCUGAUGAAAGACAACUCAGCGAUGAUGACGACAUGGAGGACAGUGCAGCUCUGGAUGCUAUUGUUGGCGACUUGGAGGACGAAAUGGACGAGCGAUCUCCUCCAGAUCCUACAGCAGUCAAUCUCGAAGUGGCUGCUGGGGGCAAAGUCACUGCACGUAAGGAAGACGGGACAAGAGUUGCAACCCCUUCACAAGUACCUGGAAGCAACCCACGCACCCAUUCAGCUUUGCAAGCUGUUGCCGCCCAGGCAGCUCUGACUACCCCAAGCACGUCAUCCAGACCUAUGUCAUAUGCUGCUGCUAUCCAAGCAGUCCCUCAGGAUUGGCACAUUGAAUUUAGCCUUGAUGAUAAAGUUAUCGCUAAUGAGACGACUAUUUAUCGAGCUGUUCACAGCUUAUCAACCACUGUUGAUGAUCACAGCAGUCGAAGCGUUUGGUCUGCCAUCCACCCUAUCAAAUUCAAGAGAGUUCCGGGUCCGCCUCCACCGGAGCCAAGUUCUCUCACUCAGGCCAUCGAAGUCACUACUGAAACCACAGCUUCAGGGAUUCCUGCCUCACUAGACAAGCACCCAGCUACUUCUUCUAUCCUUCGAUUACUCAACAUUCUCCAUGCGUUGAACGCAAACCUCGAUGAUGUUUUGGCAGAGAACAAAGACACAUUAAAGCUGAACGCAGAACCCCUUUCUCAAUUCGUCAACACGAAGCUUACCGCCAAGCUCAAUAGACAACUAGAGGAGCCGCUCGUUGUUGCCAGCAACUGUCUUCCCAGCUGGAGCGAAGACUUGGCCCGUCUAUACCCAUUCCUCUUUCCCUUCGAGACUCGGCAUUUGUUCUUACAAUCUACAUCAUUUGGUUAUGCUAGAUCAAUGACUAGAUGGCAAAAUGCUCAAUCUGCCGAUGAGUCCCGACGAGAUCGCCAUCGUGAUUCUCAGCCUUUUUUGGGAAGAUUGCAACGCCAGAAGGUCCGUAUUUCUCGGUCAAAGAUCCUGGAAUCCGCACUGAAGGUCAUGGAACUUUAUGGAGCAUCGCAGAGUAUCCUGGAAGUUGAGUACUUUGAAGAGGUCGGAACAGGUCUUGGUCCCACCUUGGAGUUCUACUCGACGGUUUCAAAGGAAUUCUCAAAGAAGAAGCUCAAACUUUGGCGCGAGACAGACGCAAAUGAUUCUGAUGAGUAUGCCUUUGGUGCUCGUGGACUGUUCCCAGCUCCAAUGAGCGAGGAUCAAGCAUCGAACGAGAACGGAAAGCGUAUUCUUCACCUUUUCAAGAUGCUCGGAAAAUUUGUUGCUCGGUCUAUGAUUGACUCUCGAAUCAUCGAUGUCUCGUUCAAUCCAACCUUCUUCCGCAUUGGGGAUGGAUCGGAGACAGUCACUCCGUCAUUGGGAGCCGUCAAGACCGUUGAUCCGCAAUUGGCCAAAUCCCUGAAGUUGAUUAAGAAGUUUGCGGUGGGAAAGAAGGCCAUCGAUGAGAACCCCAAUCUGACGCCAGCGCAAAAAGUGGCUCAUGCUGAAGCACUGGAAAUUGAUGGUGUUCACAUCGAUGACUUAGGACUCGACUUUACUCUUCCAGGUUAUUCGUCAAUCGAGCUCUUGCCAAAUGGAUCUCAACUUGCAGUUUCGAUCGAUAAUGUAGAGCUGUAUCUUGAGAAGGUCAUUGACUUCACCUUAGGAGGUGGAGUUCAAAGACAAGUCGACGCUUUCAGAGCAGGCUUUACUCAGGUGUUCCCAUAUUCUGCAUUGAGCGCCUUCACUCCCGAUGAACUGGUCAUGCUCUUUGGCAGAAUCGAGGAGGACUGGUCUCUUGAAACCUUGAUGGACUCGAUCAAAGCAGAUCACGGCUUCAACAUGGAUAGCAAGAGCGUAAAGAAUUUGCUUCAAACCAUGAGUGAACUAUCUCUGCCGGAGCGGAGAGACUUCCUGCAAUUCACCACUGGUAGCCCGAAGCUCCCUAUUGGUGGUUUCAAGGCCCUCACACCAAUGUUCACUGUGGUCUGCAAGCCAAGCGAACCCCCUUACACUUCUGAUGACUAUUUGCCGAGCGUUAUGACCUGUGUUAACUAUCUUAAAUUGCCCGACUACACCAGCUUGGACGUCAUGCGACGCCGUAUGAAUACUGCGAUCAAGGAAGGACAGGGGGCUUUCCAUCUGUCAUAGGAUGUCAAUAUCGAUUGGUCAGACAAGUUUGGCAAGCAUGGAGCGAAUUGAGGGCUUAGUCCCAGCAUUAUUUCAUGAAAGAUGAACGGUGCUUUCCUUGCAUUUUAUGUAUUCACGAGUUCCCCAUAGUGUCUCCGUCCGCAUCAAGUCAGAUUGCAUGGAAGGUCGUUAGGCGCAUCACAGCGGGGGAAUGCACAUGGGAGCACGGAAUUAACUUGUUGCACAUUAGAUAGAUCAAUUGAUUUUCUCUCCACCUAUCUUAAAAACAAAUGCAGACCAGGGUUUUUUUGAGUUGCCUGCUUCCAUUUGAUAGGUCAGAUAAUAUAGCACUGCAAUUCUCAUUAAUAGUCGGACUUGACGUCGC